UUGUUGCUAGCAUUGUGUGUGGUUGUUUGCUAGCUUGGACAUUAGAGCAAUAUGAUAUUAACCACCGUUAUUUGAAGUUGUAUAUUUAAUAGGGCUCGACAUAUAGAUACAUUAGCUAUAAUGUCAGAUAGGAAGCGAUCUCGAGAGCACGUAGAUAGGAGAGAACAUAAAAGACACAAGGAAUCAAAACACGAGGAGGACAAGAUCCGAAAACAUGACAAAAAACUUAAUCUCGAAGUGCAGAAAAUCAAGCAUGUGGAGACUUUCUAUGAAAAUCCACCUCCUGGACUUAUAAAGGAAUAUGACGAUCGACCAGAGGACUGCAUCCCGAAUGACCCAGGCAACGAGCAGGCACGGGACUUUCUGGCCAGUGCUCCCACCAAAGGCUUAUGGAUGCCCCUGGGGAAGGAAGUGAAAGUCAUGCAGUGUUGGAGGUGCAAACGCUAUGGACACAGGACCGGAGACCGCGAGUGUCCAUUCUUCAUCAAGGGAAAUCAGAAACUGGAGCAGUUCAGGGUGGCCCAUGAGGACCCCAUGUAUGACCUGAUCAGGGAGAACAAGCGCAAUGAAAAGGAAAUGCGCAUUCAGCAACUCCAGCAGCUGUUACAGGACACCACGUCUGAUGAGGACGACGGCUCUGACUCCAGCUCCUCCUCCUCCUCUUCCUCCUCCUCCUCCUCCUCCUCCUCCUCCUCCGGCCAUGGUCACAAACACAAGAAGAAGAGAGCCAAGGAGAAGAAGAAGAGAGAGAAGAAGAAGGCCAAGGAGAAGAAGAAGAAGAGGAAGAAAAGCACACACAGGCACAAGUCGAGGACGAGGAGCAAGGGCUCUGAGUCAGACUGACUUGGUUGUGUUAAAGUGGGGGCUGAAUCUGAAUGAGGCCCAGGGGUGGGUGGAGAGACAGAGAGAGGGAGGAAUGGAUGGAUGGAGGAUCGGUGAAGAUGGAGAAUAGAUGGUGGGUGGGUGGGCGGAGAGGAG